AUGGUGGCCAAGGCCGUGGACCUGCGGUCGGACACGGUCACCAAGCCCUCCGACGCCAUGCGCUCCGCCAUGGCCUCGGCCGACGUCGACGACGACGUCCUGGGCGCCGACCCCACCGCGCGCCGCUUCGAGGCCGAGAUGGCCGCGCUCAUGGGCAAGGAGGCCGCGCUCUUCGUGCCCUCGGGCACCAUGGCCAACCUCGUCUCCGUCCUCGCGCACUGCGACGUCCGGGGCAGCGAGGUCAUCCUCGGCGACGCCUCGCACAUCCACGUCUACGAGAACGGCGGCAUCUCCACCAUCGGCGGCGUCCACCCCAAGACCGUGCCCAACAACCCCGACGGCACCAUGGACAUCGAUAGGAUCGUCGAGGCCAUCAGGGACCGCGCCGGGGCGCUGCUGUACCCGACCACCAGGCUCAUCUGCUUGGAGAACACGCAUGCAAAUUGCGGUGGGAAAUGCUUGUCUGUAGAAUACACUGACAAGGUUGGGGAAAUUGCCAAGAGCCAUGGCCUCAAGCUUCACAUUGAUGGAGCCCGCAUUUUUAACGCCUCCGUGGCACUUGGAGUUCCUGUAGAUAGACUCGUGAAAGCUGCUGAUUCAGUUUCGGUAUGCCUAUCAAAAGGUUUAGGCGCCCCCGUUGGAUCAGUUAUUGUUGGUUCCAAGGCCUUCAUUGACAAGGCCAAAAUUCUUAGGAAGACCCUAGGGGGUGGAAUGAGGCAGAUUGGUGUUCUUUGUGCUGCUGCUUAUGUUGCCGUUCGUGACAACAGGGGAAAGCUUGCGGAUGACCACAGAAGGGCGAAAGUUUUGGCAGAGGGACUGAAGAAAAUUAAACAGUUUUCAGUGGAUUCCGCUUCGGUUGAAACCAAUAUGGUAUUCUUUGAUAUCAUGGAUCCACGCAUAUCACCUCACAGACUAUGCCAAGUCUUGGAACAACGCAAUGUUCUUGCAAUGCCAGCGAGUUCAAAAAGUGUAAGGUUCGUCCUCCAUUACCAAAUUUCAGAUAGUGACGUUCAGUAUGCAUUGACAUGUGUGGAGAAAGCUGUUGAUGAUCUACUGAAGGGCGGCGCUAAGUUUGAGCAUUUGACAAAUGGAACUACGAAGAACUCAUACGGGCACUAGAUCGCUUCAUGUGUCCUGCUUGUUUGUGAUCAACGCUUGCUAUUGCAGUCACUCGGUCACACAUUUCCUGAAUAAUCGUUGCUGUUCACUCUUUGCUCGGA